AUGGAAGAAGCAGAGAAGGUGAAGGUGGUUGUGAGAUGUCGACCUAUCUCUCAACAAGAAGUCAGCCAAGGUCAUAAAAUUGCUGUCCGAGUUUCCACUGAGGACAACUCGGUAGUGCUGGAGCACGUAACAGGAAAAGAGGAACCUCGACGGACGUUUUUUUUCGACGCUGUAUUUCCCCCCGACUGUGAUCAGAUGCGAGUAUACAAUGUUGCUGCAAGACCAAUUAUAGAAAAUGUGCUCAAAGGUUACAAUGGUACAAUCUUUGCGUAUGGCCAAACUGGCACUGGAAAAACAUUUACGAUGACUGGAGAUUUGGAACGACCGGAAUUGCAAGGAAUAAUACCGAAUUCUUUUGCUCACAUUUUCGACCACAUAGCAAAAUGCCAACAGGACAUCACCUUUCUUGUUCGUGUGUCAUAUUUGGAAAUUUACAACGAAGAGUUACGAGAUCUGUUAGGAAAGGAUGGUCACGGAUCGAGUCUCGAAAUUAAGGAGAAAGCAGAUGUUGGGGUGUAUGUGAAGAACCUGAUUUCCAUCAUUGUUGGAAGCGCCAGCCAAAUGCAAAAGUUAAUGGAAUUCGGCAACAAGAACAGGAAAGUUGGUGCAACAAAAAUGAAUGAAGAAAGUAGUCGCUCGCACGCAAUGUUCUCAGUGACAGUUGAAUCUAGUGAACGAGGUAUGGUCACACAAGGCAAACUGCAUCUGGUAGACUUGGCUGGAAGCGAGAGGCAAAGCAAAACAGGGGCAGCUGGCGAACGGUUAAAGGAAGCAGCCAAGAUCAAUCUUUCGUUAUCCACACUCGGAAACGUAAUUAGUGCUCUUGUAGAUGUCAAGUCGACCCACAUUCCGUACAGAAACUCCAAACUGACUCGCUUACUGCAGGACUCUCUUGGGGGGAAUUCGAAGACUGUCAUGAUUGCGAAUAUCGGACCUGCAUCUUACAACUAUGAUGAAACACUGUCGACAUUGCGGUAUGCUAACCGUGCAAAGAACAUCCAGAAUGUAGCAAGAAUCAAUGAGGAUCCAAAAGAUGCACAACUAAGGAAGUAUCAGAGUGAAAUUGAGAUGUUGAGAAAGCAGCUAGCUGAAGAAGAAGCCGAAAUUAACACUGAAAACGAGUCUGCAUGGGAGCUGCGCAUGCAAGAAAUGGAGCAAAGCCUUGAGAAGACUCGGGAAGAGCUAGCUGGCAGAGAUGUUGAGGACGAAGAAACUCGGAAACUAGUGCAGCAAAUGCUGGAAAGAGAAACAGAACUGAAACGUGCAAGGGCAGAACAUGCUGAACUACGCGCAAAACUUAACCAAAUGGAGAGCCGCCUUAUUGUUGGUGGUGAAAAUAUGUUAGAAAAAGCCGAAGAGCAGGCAAGACUGCUCGAAGAGAGCAACCGCGAGCUGGAGCUGUCGCGGACGCAAGAAUCACGUCUUCGGGAUCAACUAAAAGAGAAAGCGGCUGCCAGGGAAGAUAUUGAGGAGAAAUAUUCAUCUUUGCAAGAAGAAUCUGCUGCAAAAACUCGUCGUUUACGACGUGUUUGGAAUGAGUUGUGUGAAGCUCGGACAGAAUUGGCGGACUCGGAGGCGGAACAUCAACGAGAGGUCGAAGGACUUCUUGAGAGUAUAAGAGAGCUUAGGAAGGAGUUGCUCUUGAAUAUGGCGAUCAUUGAUGAAUACAUACCUCCUGAGUACGUGGAACUUAUCGAAAAAUAUGUCAGUUGGAGUGAAGAAAUGGGCGACUGGCAGUUAAAUGCUAUAGCCUACACCGGGAACAACAUGAGAGCGACCGCACCUGUUCCUAUGGAGUCCUACCAGCUUGAUGCAAAUCAAACAAUUCCGCUUUUCUAUUCGUAUAAAACGGAUUUGGGAGCAGCCUCUAUUGCACCUCGACCUCGCACAAGAAGUGGAAAACGGGAAAGAAACGCGGCCAAGCUAAAAACAUUGCUAAACUGA